AUGAAGCAAGGGGCUGAGGCAAAAGUUGUACGCUCAGAUCAGGGACGCCUCUAUUACAAGUGCAAGCACUCUGAUAAGUGCAAGUUCGAUGUGCGUGCAUCUUGUCACGGCGGAGGGAUGUGGGGAGUGCAUAAGUUUAAAGAGCACUCUUGCCAAGGGGAAUUGGGCAUUUUGAAACGAAUAAAGGCACAUUCGAAUGUGGUUGCAGCUUAUGUGGAAAAAAGAAUACGCGAUGACGGAGAGAACAAAAUUAAGGGCUACGGGCAAGCUGUUGUUGAGCUUUUCCGCCAGGCUGCAUACGCCUACACGGACUCAGAAUUUUCACGUGUAAUGUCGGCUAUGGCUCAAUUGAAGCCGACGACGUACGGGAAGUUGAUGCGCGUAGGCCCUGAGAAGUGGGCACGAUCACAAAGUCCGGUGACCCGUUAUAGUUUUCUUACAUCUAAUGCUGUCGAGGCUUUGAAUGCCCGUUUGUUGUGGGCCAGACGCCUUCCUAUAUGCUCCAUGCUGGAGGCAAUCAGGAUGGUUCUGGAGCAGUGGUUCAAUGACAGACUUGCGUCUGCGGAAAAGAGCGAUGAUCUUCUUACUCCAGAGGCAACACAGAAGAUAAGUGCGGAGAUCUCAAAGAGUCGUCGUUACACUGCGAAGAGGACCUCCGAGAGAAAAUACAAGAUGCCUAGUAAAUAUAAUCAUUCUUUUCGCGGUGAGGCGAAAGAGCCAGUGGAAGAUUACGUGGAAGCUUACUACCUGCGGAGUUCACUGGUUCAAACAUACUCCGGUCCAGUAAAUCACUUGCCUCCCUUAGAGCACUGGGAAAUUCCGUUUGAAGUUGCAACUGAUAUUGUUUUGCCAAACCUUUCUCGGCGACAAGCUGGUCGACCAAGAGAAUCUAGAAUUCCUUCAGCUGGUGAGAGACCGACUCAGAGGACUACUACAGCGGAUGCAUCAAGUAGUCUGGGAAAACGAGCACCCAAAACCUGUGGUCUAUGUGGCUCGCCUGGCCACACACGUAGAGCAUGCAAGGGUACGGGCUGGGAGCAGUAG